AUGACCAACGCCACGACGCCCAGACGCAUGCGGCGCCUUCAAACAGGUCUUACAGUGUCCCCUAGCAGUAGGUCUAAAAGGAAUCGCGAGUCUUCAGACGACAGUGAUCUAGAUAUCGAUAAGGAUGCCCUCACCGUCCUGCAGGACAGCCGUAUCCACAAACGGACGGCGGACGAGGAGGAAAAGGAGAAUGGUGGGGAAAGGACACCCGGGAAGGACUUGUAUUCAUUUGCAAGGAAGCGUAAGAAAAGGUUCAGAGAUUUUGUUGAAGAGGGGCGGAGAGCCAUUGAAGGCGAAGCUGACGAGGAGAGCGAUAACGAUGACGCAGAGCCCGUUGCUACACCCUCAAAGUCGGUGAAAAGAGUAACAGUACUGGAGCCUGGCGAUCUGCAACCAACUCCAACACGCGCAAAAGGAAGAAUAAGAGAUAUGUUGAGCAAUACACCUAAAAAGACGCCAACACGAGGAGGGAGGGGUGCCAAAAACGAUGAAGAAUCGGAAGAGCAACCGGAAACUCCGGUACCUGUUAGACUUGCACGGCGACGACGAGCAUCCAAACGCCUGACUUCGGUGAAAGAUGGCGGGAGUAGUAGUGAGGAUAAGGAUGCGACAGAUGACGAUAAUGAGGAGGAGGAAGAUGAUAGUGGCCUGGAAGAUGAACACGAAACGUCUCUUAAAGAAGGCACAGAUCACGAGCAGGACACUAUUGCGGAUGAGUAUGCGGAAGAUGCUCCAGCUUAUCAGCGCUAUUUUGCGAACCUGCAUGAUACCCGUUCGAAAACUUCGAACAAUACCCUUUCGAAGCUACCAGCACUUGAUCACAAGUCUCUCCUAUCAGCACUUGCUCGAGCACCCGUCAAGCACGAACGCUUUAUUACUCUUUUGACCUCCCUCCAUGAAGAUCAAUUUCAGCAGUGGUACUUUGAGCUCAUGGGCGGGUUUAAUCUUCUGUUCUAUGGCUAUGGGUCAAAACGGAAUUUGCUCAACCGAUUUGCAACAGAAGUGUUAAACGAUGCACCGCUGGUGGUGGUAAACGGUUUUUUCCCAACGCUCACUAUUCGAGAUAUUCUAUCCAAAAUCAUCGAUGGCGUACUGCCAAAUCACACUGGUCCAGUUGGGACGGUGCAAGAUCAAAUGAAUGCUCUCACAACUUACUUCACAAGGAGGCGAUCAUCCAAACAUUUCUACCUCCUUAUCCACAACAUUGACGGUGUCCCUCUUCGCGCGCCGAUAGUACAACGCACCCUUAGCGCUCUCGCUUCCCUACCCACUUUCCACGUCAUUGCGACGAUAGAUCACAUCAAUGCUCCUCUUUUGUGGGACAAUGUACAGUCAGCACGAUAUAAUUGGAUAUGGCAUGAUGUGACCACAUUUGAGCCAUACAUGAAUGAAACAACGUUCGAAGGGUCACUGAUGAUGCAACAAUCAGGAGCUGGAGGCGGGCGAACAAUGGUUCUGGACGCAAACGGUGUUAUGUGGGUAUUACGGAGUCUGAGUGGAAAUGCUCGUAAAGUAUUCAAGAUAUUAUGCCAGAGAACACUUUUAUGUGUCGAACGAGAUGACUUUCCGGACGCAAUUGACAGAGUUCAGGGAUCAUUGUAUUAUUAG